AUGUCAAUGAAGGCCGGUGGAAAUCGCAGCAAACCCGGCGGUGGCAGCAGUGCUGGGAACACCUCCGGAGCCGGGGGUAGUGGCGGGGGGAGACAGAGUCUUGGAAGGGGAAGACACAGUGGAAAGGGUCCUUCAUCUGUAAUUUUUAAUGGCGUGUAUGCCAAUAUGAGGAUGGUCCAUGUCCUGACCUCAGUAGUGGGGACAAAGUGUGAAUUGAAAGUAAAAAAUGGAGCCGUCUAUGAAGGAGUAUUUAAAACAUAUGGGCCAGAGUGUGACUUGGUGUUGGACGCUGCCCACAGAAAGAGCACAGAGCCAAACACAGGACCCAGAAAAGAGGAUAUUGUGGAGAGCCUUAUUUUCAAAGCCUCAGACGUCGUAGUUGUGUCCUUCAAAGAUGUAGACUUGAAUUUUGCCCGAAAAGUUGCAUCUGACACAGAUAACUUCACAGAUUCAGCUGUGACUGGAAGGAUCAACGGUGAACACAAAGAAAAAGACCUGGAGCCUUGGGAUGGAGGAGAGACGCACCACUCUGACAGUCUGGAGUCUUUAGACACUGACGUAUCAAAUGGCUGGGAUCCCAAUGACAUGUUCAAAUACAAUGAAGAAAAGUAUGGUGUUCAUUCCACAUAUGACAGCAGCCUUUCUACAUACACGGUUCCCCUUGAGCGGGACAACUCUGAGGAGUACAUGAAGAGGGAGGCGAGAGCUGCACAGCUGGCAGAAGAAAUCGAGGCCAGUGCUACAUAUAAAGCUCGUGUGGCUCUGGAGAACGACGAGCGCACAGAGGAGGAUAAAUACACCGCUGUGGUUCGAGGGGAGAGGGAAGGCCACACAUUAAGCAGAGAGAAUAAGUACAUUCCUCCAGGCCAGAGGAACAGAGAGGCCAUGUCGUGGGGGCCAGGCAGACAGAACUCUCCUCGUCUCAAUCAGAAUUCAGGUGGACCGUCAACCCCUCGCCCCGGGCCACACGACUACAGCCCCAGCUCGAGUUCUGACCAGAGGGUGGUGAACGGAGGUUCGCCCCAUUGGUCCUCACCCUGUCCAUCACCCUCUCGUUACCCGCCCGGCCCCUCCUCUCUCCCCCUUCGGGCGACCACACCCACCAGGCCGCCCUCCAGACCUCCCUCUAGACCUUCCAGACCUCCCUCCCACUCAUCCCACUCUUCUUACCCCUCCUCUGCCGCAUCAUCUUCUCUUUCUCAUCAUGGGCCUGCGCCGCCAGCUUCCACUUUGCCCAAACGCAUGUCUUCAGAAGGACCACCUCGAAUGUCUCCAAAGUCCCAGAGAACUCCUCGCACCCACAGAGGGCCACCCUGCCGGACCCCUGGCGUGCCCCCCGGGUUAGAGCUAAUCUCCCACAAUGCCACUGUAGAGGUCCCCACUGCUCCACCAACAAGGAGCAGCUCAGGGGGAACCUGGUCCUCAGUUGUUAGCGGAGCUCAUAGACCCCGCUCGCCUCGUCAGAACCCCCUGAGCGGUGCGCCUCCUGGUUCUUCUUCUCUUCCAUCCCCUCAGAUGGGGACCGUUCCAAUAGAAACCACAGGAACGCCGUCAGCCUCCUCCCCCACUGCUGCUAGUCCCGCCCCCAACAUGGUCCCCUCCUCUGAUGGGAAAGAUUGUCGAGUUCAGGAGACGAGACAAACCUCUCCCACUGCCAACAAGGAGAACAUCAAGCCCCUAGACAGCGCCACUAGUAUCACUAGACCAGUGUGUAAAGGACCUAACCCAAUGGCAUCCGAUCACAGAAAGCAGAUAGACAAUUUAAAGAAAUUUAGUGUAGAUUUUAGGUUGCAGUCUAGUUCAAACCCAGACCCUUCGUUUGAACAGAUCAUGACGAAGGGGCCGAGAGACGCCGCAGACAAGCCAAAAGACCUGCCCCUAAACAAAUCUGCAGCUGGACGAGAGGCGGCGGAGGACGGGGUGGUGGUCAUCACGCCUGGGACUCCAAACGCGGUCCCGUCCAGCACCACAAUCAACAGCAAACCAGGAAGUCCAGCUGCCCAGUCGCCUUCCCCCUCCGCCUCAGAGCUGAAGAGGACGGGCCUGGACAUGGGUGUUCAGACGACAGCUGCGUUCAGUGGAGCCAAACACGAAGAGAAAGACGAGAAAAAGGAGCCUGUGCAGGAGUCAGUAACUUUUUACUCUCCCUUCAUUCAUUACUGA